AUGGCUUCGUCAUCGAUUGGAAAUGACGCAUCCGACGUCGAGACAAGUCCCUCGCCGCAAGGUCUGCGUUCUAGGUCGCGCUCGCUAAUCCGCAGGUCGUGGCAAGCUGCUUUGUUGCCGUUCUCCCCUAGCGCCCUCGCCAGCCUCCCCCGCCUCAAACGGCCCGCCCGCUACCUCAGAGCAGACAACAUCCCAACGACAGACGAAACCGAGGAAGGCCAACGACCGGCUAUCCGCGACUACCAUGCUAUCAACUCUGUCCCGCCCCAGGUUCGAGUACCGAAAAAGGUGCCCACUUCGGUCAAAGUGGAGGGCAAGGUUUGGUUUGCGAAUGAGCGGACGUGGAUAUCGUGGUUGAACCAGGCGAUGCUGCUUGCUGCCCUGUCGGUUGCGUUGUUUAACGCCUCCAACGACGACAUUGCCAGAAACUUUGCUUUGGUUUACGCUGGUAUCAGCGUUUGCACGAUUAUCUACGGCUACGCUAUCUACCAACACCGUAUAACCAUGAUUCGUCGACGAGACCCAGGGCAUUUCGACGCACUCCUUGGCCCCGUCUUGCUCAGCGUCGCCCUCUUUUUCGCCGUCCUGUCCAAUUUCAUCAUUCGAGUACGUGAAUUGCAACGAAAGGAAGUACCGUUCCCUGGGUCGGACCUUCUCGCUUUCCUCGCUCCCGCUCGCAACAUCUCGAUCACGCAACAGUCGUUUGCCGGACAAGCUCCCUUCUAAGCUACGCCACGCCUUUCGACGACUUUUCGCUGCCGACGCACCC